AACUGUUUUAGUAAAACCGCUGACACAAAACCGCUAUCACCAAUAGGCCCAAAUCUCACUUUUCAGUUAUUUUUUAUUUUUAUAUUUCCUUUUUCGUAGAGUUUCUCCAUAUCUGAGAAACCGCUGCUCUCCUCUCUCUCCUUUGUAGGUUCUCAAGCAACAGUGAUCGUGAUCUCUUGGGUCUUCGAAGUUCAGCGAGAGAGAACAAUUCCAGGAGUUCAAUGAUUUCUCUCUUCUAGCCACCUCCUUUCUUUAGAAUUUCGAUUUCCCCUUCUCUUGUCUGCUGGAUUUGGGUGUGGGAAGAAUUCGGUUUUGGCCUCCGAUUUUCUGGUUAAAUCUAUUAGUUUCUUCAUUAUUGGACUAGUUGAUGUUUGCUUGAUAACUCUCAGGCAAAUAUUAACCCCAAAAUAUAAACACAAAUUGUUAGAAGGAAAAGGCCAUGUUGCCAUCUAGACUUUCCUUCUUUGGAGGUGGGGGAUCAAAUAGAGGUGAUAGUUCUGUAGAAGGCCGUAAAAGUGAUGUGACUUCAUUCCUAAAAUUGCAAACUGAUAAAGAUGUGUAUAGAUCUGGUGAUUCCAUUCUUGUUACAAUUGAGAUCUGCAAUCCCCUAACUACUGGUUCCCCUGGUGUUACUGCCCCUUCGCUUUUAAUUGAAAGGCUUGGCAUUGAAAUUAAAGGGAUAGAGAAGUUGGAUACUCAAUGGUUUGCUACCCAAAAACCUUUGCCUGAGACAAAACAAAAGAGAGGGGAACAUGUUUUCUUGGACUGCUCAGCACCAUCAAUAGUUUCAAACCAGAUCGUGUCUUCUGGUGCAACAAAAAAUUAUGUGAUACGCUCUGUGCUGCCAAGUAUUAUACCUCCGUCUUACAAGGGUGCAACCAUUCGUUAUCUGUAUUACAUUAAGGCUACAGUAUCUGGUCGGUGGCUGGUAUUGCAAAAUGGUCACUCUACAAGCAAUUCAAUAAAAGAUCUUAUUGAAGUGGAGGCUCGAGUUCCUUUGCAAGUAUGGGUUACUCAGAAGAGAAAUGGCUUACAAACAGAAGGUCAGGGUGAUGGCAUUGUCCCUGCUACUACCAUACAAACAGAUAUGUAUUGGAAAGAGACAGAUGGAGACUCUGAAUGGGUUAGAGUAAAUGAUGCAUGUGAUGGGUUAGAGGAAGGGUAUGAGAGCUCAAGGGAUGAAAUCUCAUCUGUUUCUUCUUAUAAUCCUGCUAAAGAAAAUAUACAUAAAACUUUUGGAAGUUCGUUAUCCUUGCAAUCAUCCACUGCUAGGUCAUCAAAUAGGGAUGUCCUGCAUUAUGAAGGGGAACAGACAUGUUUAUCUUCAAAUGUGGGACUUCCUCGAUUGUCUGUGGCUGAGGAUUCGCUUGAUUCUAGUGCCGCCAUUAUAUCUCCAAGUCAGCAUUGGACUCCUACAAAAACCCUGGCUGCUGAUGAUAUGGCUGGAUUAACAGAAAUAGCAUUAGAAGGCUUUAUUCGAGGAAGGUCUUAUAAUAUCCGGAUGGAUGACCAAGUUCUGCUAAGAUUUUCCCCUAAGAACUCUGAUUCCACUUAUUAUUUCAGUGAUAUGAUUGGGGGUACUCUUACUUUCUUUCAUGAAGAAGGGGCUAGGAGAUGCCUUGAGGUUUUAAUCACAUUGGAAACUUCAGAGACUAUAAGUCGGCAUUUUGCUCAUCCUUCUAGGAAGAACUCUCCAACCAUAACAAAGGUUCAGAGUGAUCAUCAUGAGAUAGUAGCGGAUGUGGUGCAAACAAGCUUCCUCUUCUCCAUUCCUAUGGAUGGUCCCAUGUCUUUUUCCACUCCCCAUGUAUCUGUUCAAUGGGCUCUGCGAUUUGAAUUUUUUACAACUCCAAAAAAUGUGGAUUGGACAAGAUAUGAGCAUCCUCUUCUAAUUGAGGGUAGAGACAGAACUGAGUGGGUUCUCCCAAUUACCGUUCAUGCUCCUCCAGGAACUGCAGCUGCCCUUACACGAAAUGAGAAACUUUUAUCUUUGAAGUCCCUCUGGGUUCGAACUUGAAGGUACAUGUGGUUUUGAAUGGAACACCUUUGCUACCGUCUGAGUUUUAGUCAUUUAUUUUUGCAAAGUUCGCAACUGAAACAACUACUAAUUGGUUGGGUAACUUCACCGGUGAUUUGUUGCUCAUUGCCCGGAGAACGAGAGAGAGAUCAAGAGUGUUCUUUGUGUUGUAUUGAGGUAAUGAUUGGUAACUAAGGAAUCAUCAAUACAGCAAUUUACUUAAAAUGAAUUGCCAAAAGUUGAAUUGUGACUACAAGUGCGACCAUGACUAUACUUGACACUAUUGCACCACCAUAACAUCCAAGUAUCACUUCCACCAUUAUUAUUAAAAGAGCAGUUUUGUUAGUGCUUGUACUGAUAUCAGUUUUGUUAAGCCAAGGUCUAACUUCCUGCUUGUCUCCUCCCCCAUUCCACCAGUAGUCAUAGUCUUCUUGUUAGUGGUAGUACACGAUACAUCUUUUGGAAAUGUUUUGCUCAUUUUUUAUAUGCAUUUCAAGUGUGUUGAAGAUUAAGGAGUGAGAUUCGGUUAUAUUAUGUUUCCUCUGUACUUUUCCAUUUUAAUCUUGUAGAUUUGGGGUAGUCUGUCAACAAUUAUAUCCCAACCAAUUCCGGUUUGGAAUUGGAAGAUGGCAACCAAACAAGAUUCUGCAAUGAGAUAUUUUCAACUAAUAGAGUGUACUGCUAAUU